UUUCUUUCUGUUUCACUAUCAUCACAGAAAUGUGUUUGUUACAUUAUGAAAAAUGAAAGAGUUUUAAAGUGCAGGGUAUAUUUAAUUUGACACAAACUGAUUAAUACAAACUGAUUAAUAAAGAUUUCAUUGAUUUUAAUACGCGGUGCUGUCAUUAACCUGGUGUUUCAUUUAGCUUCACCUAACAGCUGACUUCACUUUUAUUAGCUGCCUUUUUCUCUUGCUUCGUCUAAUAUGUGUUGGGUCGAUUUUAUUGUGCGCUCUGAAGGAUUGUAGUGUCAGUCAUUUUAAUUUCCUUUUAUUGCAGUUCAGAGUUGAUUCAUUUCUGAGAAAAAUGAUCAGAAUGGACAAUAUUCUGGAAGUCAUGUCUCAAAUUUCUUCUUUUUUUUUACUUUUCUCCAUUCCUUAUCUUGUUUCUCCAUUCCUCAUCUUGUUUUAUUUGUUGAUUGCAGACUGAAACCUUUUCAUUACUGAUAACCAAACAUGUUAAUUUUGCAGAGUUUUCACCUCUUGAAUCAGAUGAUGUUGAGGCAGAUUUAUGCCUUUGAGAACAUAUCCUUGCAUUAUUCAGCACUGUGGCCCGGUCUGAACUUAGAGUCUGUUUGUACGAUAGCUUUAUUUAGCGUUUGCUUCUCCUUUUCCAGAGGAUCAAAUGUCUCAAAUUGUACGUUUAUACGUCCUUAAAUGAUUUCAUUAUUUCCUGCUCUCUAAAUCUGGGACACAAAGGCCAUAGUUUGUGCUUAGAGUCAGUAUUUGCAAAUGCAAAUAAAAAUGUAAAUACUUGAAGCAUCUCAUGCAUCACAUGUUCUCGCUUGAUAAAGAACAUGUCCGUGGAAAGAUACUGUGUAUUUCAUAGGAGAGUAAAAGAAAAUAAUUGGUAUUCAGACGUUAAUGUUUACUGUGGGUCCAGGAGCUCCUGAAAAUAAGGGCUGCUUAUUUUCAGGAAAAUAAGCAGCCCUUAUUUUUCUGCUAAACUGUGCAGGUUUAGCCUUUCGGCAGCAUUUCCGUCUGCGGCCUCGUAGCUUCUGUGGCUCUGCAGUGUGGCCAGCUAGGAAUGCAGGAGUGUUUAUUCUCACAGUAGUUGGCAGCCUGAGCAUGCGGAGGGCUUUCUCUGCUGCAGAACUGUGAGCUGCUGGAAAAGGGAGAAAAAACCCCAAACAUUUGUGAACCGUAGGGCGGUACUUGCAGGGUAAAAAAGAGGAAGGAGGAACUGACCUGCAUAAAGGAAGCGGUAGUAGCCAGAGUUGCAGUAGUAGAGAUCCUUCAGGGAGGCUGAUUUCAGCUGCUGCAAACAACAGAGAAAGGUUCAGAGUGCUGAGACUGAAACCACGUGGGAAGAAGUGCAUGUUGACACAAAAGCCGGUGCCUCACAUGUGCUUGUGAGUUUUUCUGCUGCCGAGUGUUUUUAAGUGAGUGACCAUGCCAGAGCCGCAGAACAAGUUGUCGGUGCGACGCUGCCUCACCUUUGCCACUGGCCUGGUGGAGUGUCUCUGUUUCGCCGGAGCCGUGUUUGGAUGGGCUGCCCUUGUUUUUGUCCUCAAAGAGGACCGUUACUUCAGCUCCCUGUGUGUUAACACCACAAGAGUCAAUGGCACGCAAACUCUGGACUGCAGUGCACAGGAUGAACAGUACUCGCUCAUUUUCACCAUCGCCUCUUUCAUGAACAACUUUCUGACGCUGCCCAAUGGUUUCCUGUUUGAUCGAUUUGGUACCACAUUGACUCGACUCUAUGGAAUAUUUCUUUACACCAUGGGCACCUUGAUGGUGGCUUUCUCCUCAUCAGCUCUGGCCUACCUGCUCUUUCCGGCUCUUUCUUUUCUGGCUGUUGGAGGCAUCUUGCUUCUCAUGACGAAUAUUCAGGUUGGAAACCUGUUUGGCUCCCGUCGUUCCACCAUAAUCACUCUCUACAACGGGGCGUUUGAUUCUUCCUCAGCGCUCUUCCUCAUCAUCAAGCUGUUGCAUGAGUCUGGCGUCUCUCUUCGUACUUCUUUCCUCUUUCUGUCGGCCUGCAGCGUCGUCCACAUCCUCAGGACGUUCUUCCUGCUCCCCAGAAACCUUAUUCCUUACCCGCUGCCGGAUCGCUUCACAUAUGGAGUUACUUGCGGUAAUUCGGUGACUGCGAGCGCAGAGGUGGCGGCAAACGGUGAGGCGCAUCCAGCACCUGAAGAAACGGCUUUCACAAAAAAUGCUCCUGUCAAACAAGGUCCAGUGAAGAGUGUUAUUUACUUAUCUCUUUUAUCUGGUGUAGGUUUAUUUCUUUUUGUUGUUCCUCUGCAUUUAACAACUUUGUGUCUCUUUUUGUCCCUCUCAGAGAAGACUUUCCGAGAGUGUUUGCUGUCCAGGUUCUUCAUGUGGCACCUGCUCUGGCUGUCGGUGAUGCAGCUCAGGCACUACCUGUUCAUCGGCACGCUCAACCCCAUGCUGCAGAGGAUGACCGGAGGAGAGGCCUCACUGGUGAGCCAGUACACCAACGCCUUUGCCAUCACCCAGCUGUGUGGGGUGCUGUGCGCUCCCUGGAACGGCCUCAUCAUGGACCGACAUAAAGGCAAACCACGAGCUGCAGGAGAGACGGAGCAGGAAGCCGACCUGCGGGCGUCCGUGCUUUCUUUAUUCCUGACGGCGCUGCAGUGCGUCUUGUUCUCUCUGUGUGCCUCCACCCCUUACCUCCCGCUUCAGUACCUCACCUUCAUCCUGCAGGUGCUGAACCGCUCCUUCCUCUACGGCGGCAACGCAGCCUUCAUCAGCGUGGCGUUUCCAUCUUGCCACUUCGGGAAGCUGUACGGUCUGGUCAUGGCUCUGUCAGCAGUGUUUUCUCUGCUGCAGUAUCCCUGCUUUGCUCUGGUGAAAGGACCUCUGGGUGGAGAUCCUUUAUACGUGAACGUCGGCCUGACGCUGCUCAGCGUGUUAGCCUUCAUACAUCCCGUCUUCGUCUUCAUGCAUUGUCGAAACCUCGCCUCUGAGAGAGCAAGGAGCAAAGCUUCAUCUUAAAGAGCGCGAAACGAGGAUGGUGAUUUCUGUUUAAAGCUCUUCGCCUUGGUGGUCGAGGACCUGACUAGAAACUAAAAGAACUUUAUUUUCAGGAAAUGUUGUGAUCAUUUUACAGUUUCACCUUGAGCCAGAGUUCUUUUUAUAAAUAGUCCAAUGAGUCCCACAGGGGCAUAAAAUGACAAAUCCUCACAGUCACACUGUCAAGUUGUGCCAAUCUGAAAUCUCAGGAGCGUCCAGCUAAUGCCAGACAAAAGUCUACCAUCUCUAAAAGAUCCGUGUAUAAUACAAGGCUUGUAUUUUAUCCACACACUCAAUCUGUUAGAGUUUUACACAAAUAUGAUCAUCUUUCACUACUUAUUCUAGCAGCAUUUAGAUAUAUGAUGUCACAGUUGAGGGAUGGAAAGCAUGCAUAACUGCUUAUAAAUAGUUAAAGCCUUGCAUGUAGGUAAAUAACUUGCUGUCGUCUUCUAAGGUAAAAGCAACAUUUUCACAGAUGGCAUUUGAAUUAAAACUUGCCAUCCAUGAAUGCAGCCUCACUAUCUGGUAGCGUUAUGUCCUUCUACACUCUGGGAUAAUGAAAUAGAAAAUUAUUCGUAUGCAGUCAGAAUAUCAGAUGCCCAUUACUAUGGUGAAUAAAUAAGAAAAACAUGAAGUUUUUUUGUCCUAAAAUACCUGUUGCAUAAAUCAGGAAUAUUGUGAAAUUUCAAUCCUGCUGAUAGCAACUUGUUUUUGCAUUUCAAAGAAAUUCCUUUACAAGCAAAGAUUUAUGUCUACAAGUAGAGACUCCCUGUCACAUCAAGAAAAAGGGAUUUUAGAUUAAGAGGGAGAAGGAAGAUUUACUAAAAACGUGAACGUUUGUUUCUCUCCUUUACUUUUUGCAAGUUUCACUUCAUUCUAACAACCUUUUUAUGUUUUUACUCAGUCAUCUGAUGCUUGAAAUAACUUCCUUUUUUGCACAAAUAUUCUGCGUAGGUCAUUCAUAUGUUUUACUUAAACACAUUUGUUGUAUGUUUGUUGUUUGAUGCCUAAUUUGUGCCAUUUAUUCCUGAAAGGGAAAAGGAAGAGAGUUUACUUUUAUUAUGAAAAAGUACCUUUACGAUGACCGUAAUAAAGUUUUCAGUAUAAAAGUUUCUCAUCAAAGAUUUGAACCGCUUCAUCAGAGAGGAAACAUCUCUGCCCUCUGCUGGCUGCACAGCAGAUUUAUUUCCUUCUGACUAGAAAAACGUUUCCUUUUACUAUGUUGAAGUCGUGUUUUUGUCCAUUAUGUGGAGUGUCAUUAUUUCAGUGUUUUUAUAGUGAACAUAUAUAGACAUACUGUGUUAAAAUGUGUAAAGGAUCAAAAAGGGACAUUUUAUAUUUGAGGGAAAGUGCCAAACUAAAGCCGAUCAGUAUUUUUGUAAAUGAGAUAUUGAUAGAGAUAUCACAUUGCUGAACAAAAUGUAGCUUUUGAUUAAAUGUGUGAUGAAGGGAAUUAAUGUUCUUCACAUUCUGCUGCUUUUGUUAAACUGAGGUCUACUGCCACCUACAGGUUGUGAACAAAAGUGCAAUUGUACCAUUGUUUUCAUGUAACACGACUGAUGGACACGAUUUCAUGAACAAAAAUCCAUCCUGAAUAAAAACUUCAUAUAUUUUGGUUCUCAAAA